UGGUGGGAAGAGCGCGGGGACUUGUGGGCGGAGAGGCGAGGAAGUGACUUACAGUUUUGCACGGGUCAUCCCGGGGCUUCUCCCGGGCCCGGCUCAGGUGCUCACUCUUGGCCACGUGUUGUGCCAGGGCCAUGAGGCGCCUCGCCUCCCGCCUGCCUGGACUGGCGCUGCUGUCACGCAGCGGGACCCCUCCCUGGGGCUCCCCACGGGCCUGGCUGAGCUCCGCGUGCCCGGAGAAAGCUGCGGUGGCACCAGCAGCCGAAGAGUGGGGUCCGGAUCCCGGCUCGUGGCCCGAGCGGCUAGCGGACCUAGUGACGCCGCUAUGGCGACUGGAUUACGAGCAGCAGCUCCGAGUGAAGACGGACGCGCUGCGCGGCCUCCUGCAGUGGCUCGAGGGUCGCCUGCGUCUGCUCGGGAGCCCGGAUGGUGAGGCCGGCGUACUCUGCUCGCGCCUGCAGCCCUUCCGGCCGUCCCCCGUCCUCCACGGCUAUCGGAACAAGUGUAAUUUCGCCGUCCGACAGGGCCCCGACGGCCGACCCCGGACAGUGGGCUACGUGCUAGGCUCCGGCGGCGAGCAGCAGCCGGUGUGCGUGCGGCCCGGACACCUGAAGCACAUACCCGACGCGCACCAGCGCGUGGCCCGCUGCUACCAGGAUUUUCUUGAGCAGACCCCUCUCGACCCCUACCUGGACUCGGAUGCCAGCGGACACUGGCACGAACUCACAGUCAGGAGCACCAGCCAGGGCCACACGAUGGCCAUCGUCACCUUCCAGCUGCAGGGACUGAGUCCAGAGGAGCUCCAGGAGCCCCAGGAAGAGCUCCGCGAAUUCUUUACCCGAGGGCCCGGGGCCAUCUGUGAAUUGGCCUCCCUCUACUUCCAAGAAAGGUCAGGCGACCAGCAGCAGCCUUGCUACCAGCUCCUGGCAGGAAACCCUUACCUUUUUGAGGACCUGCCAGGCUUUAAAUUCCGCAUUUCUCCAGGAGCCUUUUUCCAAAUUAAUUCAGCUGCUGUGGAGGUUCUUUACCGUGUGGUGGGAGAGCUAAUCGGAGUGGACCCCAAUACCCUCCUCCUUGACCUUAGCCAAGGAACCGGAGCCACCAGCCUCUCCCUGGCUCCGCACACAUCCCAGGUCCUAAGCACUGGGCUAGUGGGGCAGGCCGUGGAGGAUGCCAAAUGGACCACGGCUUUCAAUGGAAUCACCAACUGGGAAUUCCAUGCUGACCAUGUAGAGAAUGUAGUGCCCCAGCUUUUAAAGUCGCAGGAGGCCGGUCAAUCGCCAGUGGUUAUGGUGGACCCAUCCCGGACUGGAUUGAACUUCCAAGUGGUUCGGGCCAUUCGAAAUUGCACAGCCAUCAGGACGCUGCUGUAUGUUUCCUGCUACCCAGAGGGAAAGGCCAAAAGAAACUUCCUUGAGUUGUGCUGCCCCCCAGACCCUGGCAAGGACCUCCUGGGCGAGCCUUUUGUCCUGAGACAAGCUGUGCCUGUGGACAUGUUUCCACAUACCCCGCACUAUGAGCUGGUGGUGCUGUUCACUAGAUGACUGACUUCUCCCCACUCCAGUGUCAGCUCUCUCCAUUAAGGACUGAGUGUUAGAUUGUGCUUGGUCUUCCAGGCCUUGGUCUGACCCUCCCAGAAGCUAGACACAGAUUGGCCUCUGUUCCACAAAAGAGGCCAAGAGGCUUCCUGGCUGCAUGCUUAGGUACUUCCAGGUUGCAUUAAUCAACUCACUGCUGUGCCUUUGAUAAUGGGGUGAUAGUGGUGGUGGAUUCUGUGAACUGGAGACCAACCGCAAGUAGCAGCAAGAGUUUGGGGCUGUUGGCAAGCUGCAGUUAGAUCCCAGUUCAGGUUGAGCCAGGGAAGGAGAAAGCUCAACAGCCACAGACCCAGCCUGAGCUAAGGUACAGAAGCUGCCUUUGCUGAAGUUUCCAUUCCCCUACUCUGGCUAUAGAACAAUAAUCACCUAAUCAUACUAGAUAGAAGAAAGGAGUUCAAACCGUGUUGGGGUUCAAUACCCAAACUUCUCCAAGGGCAAAGGGAAUGGGGCAAGGCGAUAUUCGAAAAGAACCCUGGCUAGGAUUGAGUUGUGUUACUUUAUUGUUUAUCCUUGUCCUACAUAAAAAUAAUUGUUUAUUAGACAUUUAUUUAAUGAUUUGUUUAAUUGUUGCAAACCUAUUUGUCAUAGUAAACAAAUUGCUCAUUUUAAACACUGCUUAAAUUUCAUUGAUUAAUACUUUUAUCUAUUAAAAAAUUGGGUUUAAAAAAUUUUUUUUUCAGGCAAACAGGGUUAAGUGACUUGGGAUUCAUGAAGAGAAGUCUCCCUGAUUCCAAGCCCAUUGCUAUCAAGCCAGAUAUCUGCCCCUAAAAGUACUGUUUAUCCUUGUCCCAAAUAAAAAUAAAAAUUAUAUUGUUUCCAUGGUA